AGGCGAUUUUAAGAUAGUGUCGUGACUUUUUAAAACAUAAAUUAAGUUAAAGUUCUCGUAAAUUAUAUAGGUUCGUUUCGUUCUUCCACUUGUGUGAAAUGUAGUUAUCGAUCUUAUCCAUGUAGUAAUCAAUUUACGAGCCUCGUAUAACUGAGUGUAUUCAUAUACCAACAAGCUUGUUAUCUAGCGAUAUCAUGGAGUUUCCAUGAACUCUUUGGUUUUCUCCUUCCCUUUAGUGUAGGUUUUGGUAGAUAUGUCUAUGGAAAAAAAAGAGUAAAAAAAAUACUUAAUAAUGGCGAAUAUAUAAAUAUUGUCACAACUUAAUCAAUUAGUUAGAUAAAGAUUAUUAUGAAUGCUUGUCGGUUAUAUCUUUCCUCGUUGAAAUGAUAAGGUGGUUGUCUUCUCGUACUAAGAUCUCGAGUUUGAAAUUCAAUCUAGUCGUAUCAUCAUUGGUUGAUGUUUCAUUAACACAGGGCAUUUGGUCUAGUGGUAUGAUUCUCGCUUAGGGUGCGAGAGGUCCCGAUUUCAAUUCUCGGAAUGCCCCUCUUUAAAUACAUUUAUAGUUAGUUUUAGUCAAAACAAAUAGUUUUAAUGUUUCAUCCCUAUUAUAGUAUACUAACUACACUAUCUCCUAUAAGAAGAAAAUAUAUGGAUAUCAAUGCAUGAUUAGGAGACUUAUAGUCCAAUUAUUGAAUUAUUUUAUUGAUAUGAGUAAUUUAUUUCAGAUUAUGAUACAAAGAGAUGCCACAUCACAUGAUCUGGUGAAAGCUUGGAUAAUCAAUUAUUAAAUUUGGCAAAAUUCCCUCUUGGGGAAAUUAACAAAUAUAAUUGAAGAAACUUAUGUACUAUUGGCUCUUGGGAAUUGGGAUAGUGCUGUGGGCAAGUUGUACAUUUGAAGCAUUCUAGCAACUCAUUGGAGGCCAUGACCUUUGAAAAUUGGUCGAUUAAUUUCUGUAAUUAAAAAAAACACAAUAAUAGCUAUAAAUAGCAAAAGUCAAAUUAAUCAAAUUGGGGACGUGGAAUAUGAAAUUAAUAUAAUUAUGAAACGUUCCAAAGUCAACUAUUGUGGUAAUUGGGUGUUGGGUUAUUCAUAUGAAUAUGAUCACUCAUGUCAUAGUAGAUAAGCAUUUUGUGGUAUUGUUGGAUAGGUUAGACAAUAAUAGGGAUUUUGUUUGUCGAUCGGUUAAGUUUGAAUCAACAACUAACUGAUAGAUGGAUCGAUCUCGAACACAAGAUGGCAAGAUAUACUUUUUUCAUGAAAGAACCCGUCUUUUUAUCUCAACAUGCAAUUUUUCUUGAUAACUUAAUUCUUAUCGAUCAAGCAUACCCAAAACAAUGACUUAAUUAAAAAACCUUGAUACAAUUAGGGAAAGAAAUGUCGACAUGCAGACAUGAGACAACAACUCACCAAUAAAUAUUGUCAUGUUUCCUUUGUUGACAAAAUAACGCAACGCGUCAUUGAGGUAAGUUCAUUUCGAUCUAUUAUAUGUUAUUUUUCAGUGAAGUAGCGAUCAUUACUAUCAGAUGAAGAAUAAACAAAAUACGCUCGCUAAGGGAGUUGGUUUCUAAAGGAGUUAAAGUCUAUAAUAGGCGUGGAAAGCAAUAGAGAGAGCUUGAAGGGAUCAAUCAAAUUCAAAAAUAGGCGUGGGGAGCAAGACCUUAUGUCAGUUGCGCAAAGCACACACUAUAGUUAGCUGAAAUUGUCUUGCACCAUUAAAACCGUUUGCAUGUCAAGCUGUAAGUCGAUUUAGAACAACAAAAGUCCCUCAAGAUGAUACCGAAUUUCGGAAUGAUAGAAGUCCUCGUAAUGACAUUGUUCCAAGGAAUCACCGAAUCCCCCUAUCUUGCACCAUUAAAACCGUUUGCAUGGCAUAGGCCUACCCUCCCGUAAUCCAAAACUUGGCCUACUUCAUACUUUUGAGUGAAAUAGAGGUAUAGUUUGCAAUAUCUUGUGCUUACUCCAACAUCUCAUACUAGUGUGACCAAAGUUAUAAUUUUACAUAAAAUCGAAAAUAAAGAAAGAAAAAUGUUCAUAAUGAUAAGGUCGAAUCAUCGCAAAUUAAGGGAAAUAGUGGUAUAACACAUAUGCCAAUCGGAUGUCGAAAAUUUUAUAUAAUAUUUCAAUAUGUCAACAUAUGUAAUAGUAAGUGACUAUACAAGUUCAUUUUCAUGAAUACAAUAUGAAUAUAAUUUGUAUGUACUUUUUUUUAAUAGAAUAAAUUUUUAAUAGAAUGAUUUCCAUAAUACUAAAACUAUAUCGAUGCGUGAUUGUAUUAGGAGUAAAAUAUAACUACUGACUAUUUUUUUUCCAAAAUAAUUGUAAGAUUUAAAUGAUUUAUUCCUAUAAAAUCACAAAAAUAGUUACCACAAAUUCUGUUUUUUUUUUUUUUUAAAAUCCCCAGACUAUUACAUACCAACUUCCCCGUUCUGUCAUAAAAGAAAGAAAAAAAAAACCCCCUUCGAUCAGCUUCCACGCGCCUUUCCAAUGCGGUGAAAGCCAAGCGGCGGCCGUAUACAAAUACCCGGGAAAUCCGAAAAUCUUGAAGAACGAGUUCUCCCCUUUCCUACAAGGACACAGCCACCCGACUCAACGAGCCGCCAAGUACCUAGAUCUCUCUCGUCUCUCCCGCCGCCCCGCCCCAAAGCUGAAAAGCCUCCACCUUUUUUCUUUUCCAGUUCCUUUUUUCGUUUUCCACCCUUUCUCUCCAGUAAUCACAAGAGCUUUUGACGCAGAGCUGAUCGGAGCAGGUCUGAAACCGUCAGUCUGUGUUUCUGUUCAGCUGCCGAGGCGACAGAGCUAGUUGGGUUUUCCCCGCUUUCAAUUCUGGCGAUUUAAAUCGGCUGGUUUCCGCAGGCGGGAGUUAUGCGAGGAAAGUGUUUGUUAAAAUGCCUCAGUUAAAAAAAAAUGGAAUCCCCAAUGAAAAAGUGAAGCGUUUUGUGGGGUGGGUUGGUGGUACUGAGAGUCUGAGGCCCCUUUUAUGAAGGUCAAGACAGGUAAUAACUGAAACCGUGACAAGAGGGCGCGAGCCCAUCUGCGAUAUAUUGGGUUGUGUGUACGAAGGUGGGAGAAUUCGGAGAAAGGGAAGAGAAGAAGAAGAUGGACGGUUUGCUGGGGAGAAGGAUGUUCAACGUCUCGGUGUGUGGGCAGGAUGAGCUGGAGCACAUAUCAAGAGAUGGCAGCCAUUACAGCCUCUCGACUGGGAUACUUCCAUCUCUCGGCGCCAGGAGUAACCGGAGGGUCAGGCUCAAGAAUUUCAUUAUCUCGCCUUAUGAUCGUCGUUACAGGAUAUGGGAGACAUUCCUCAUUGUCUUGGUCAUUUACACAGCUUGGGUAUCACCUUUCGAGUUCGGGUUUCUUAGAAAACCAGAAGGGCCACUCUCAAUUACCGAUAACAUUGUGAAUGGAUUCUUUGCUGUGGAUAUCAUUCUCACCUUCUUUGUGGCUUACCUCGACAAAUCAACUUACCUUCUAGUGGACAACCGAAGACAGAUUGCUUGGAAGUACGCCAGGACAUGGUUGGCCCUUGAUGUCAUUUCCAUCAUCCCGUCUGAACUCGCUUGGAAACUCUCCCCUAAGCCAUUCAGGUCAUAUGGCUUGUUUAACAUGCUCCGUCUAUGGCGUCUUAGGAGAGUCAGUUCCCUCUUUUCAAGAUUGGAGAAAGAUAGGAACUACAACUACUUCUGGGUUCGAUGUGCCAAGCUCAUUUGUGUCACCCUUUUUGCUGUGCAUUGUGCUGGAUGCUUCUAUUAUCUUAUCGCUGCUCGCUACCACAACCCAGAAAGAACAUGGAUUGGAGCAUCUCUUGGGAAUAACUUUCUGGAAAGGGGAUUGUGGAUUCGAUAUGUUACUUCAAUGUACUGGUCUAUUACUACUCUCACAACAGUUGGCUAUGGCGAUCUGCAUCCUGUCAACACAAGAGAGAUGAUAUUUGACAUCUUCUACAUGCUCUUCAACCUUGGAUUGACUGCGUACUUGAUCGGUAACAUGACCAACUUAGUUGUUCAUGGUACCAGUCGAACCAGAAGAUUUAGGGAUACCAUACAAGCUGCUUCAAGUUUUGCUCAUAGAAACCAGUUACCAGUGAGGCUACAAGAUCAAAUGCUUGCACAUUUGUGUUUGAAAUUCAGAACGGAUUCAGAGGGACUGCAGCAGCAGGAGACCCUUGAUUCUCUUCCGAAAGCCAUUCGGUCAAGCAUUUCACAUUACCUGUUCUACUCUCUAGUUGACAAAGUCUAUCUGUUUCGCGGGGUUUCAAAUGACUUGCUUUUUCAGUUGGUGUCAGAGAUGAAAGCUGAGUAUUUCCCUCCCAAAGAAGAUGUGAUUUUGCAGAAUGAAGCACCAACUGAUUUCUAUAUACUAGUCACUGGUGCCGUGGAUCUACUUGUUCUCAAGAAUGGAGUGGAACAGGUGGUUGGGGAGCUUAAGACUGGUGAUCUUUGUGGUGAGAUUGGAGUGCUUUGUUACAAACCACAGCUGUUUACUGUGAGGACCAAAAGAUUGUGUCAGCUGCUUCGAAUGAACAGAACUACAUUCUUGAAUAUCGUUCAAGCCAAUGUUGGAGAUGGGACAAUCAUAAUGAACAAUCUUCUUCAGCAUUUGAAAGAUCUCAAGGAUCCUAUAAUGGAGGGAGUUCUGCUCGAGACAGAGAACAUGCUGGCUCAUGGAAGAAUGGACAUUCCUCUCAGCCUAUGCUUUGCUGCAAUGAGAGGAGAUGAUCUCUUGUUACACCAGCUACUCAAACGUGGUUUAGAUGCAAAUGAAUCUGACAACAACAACAGAGCAGCUCUGCACAUCGCAGCGUCGAAAGGAAGUGAGAACUGUGUGCUUCUUCUGCUGGAUUAUGGUGCUGAUCCCAACUGCCGAGACUCGGAUGGCAACGUGCCACUAUGGGAGGCCAUCAAAGCCGGCCACUCGGGAGUAGUGAAGCUGCUUCAAGAAAACGGCGCCACCAUACAGUCAGGAGAUGUCGGCCACUUCGCGUGCACUGCAGCCGAGGAGAACAACCUCGACCUGCUCAAGGAGAUCGCCCGCCAUGGAGGUGACAUCACAGCGGCCAAGACCAGCAACGGCAGCACAGCGCUCCACGUGGCGGUCUGCGAGGACAAUGCCGAGAUCGUCAGGUACCUACUCGAACAAGGCGCCGACGCUGACAAGCCGGACGUCAACGGGUGGACACCUCGCGAUCUGGCCGAUCAGCAGGGCCACGAGGAGAUCCAGAACAUGUUCAAGACAUCGAGCAAAGAACCGAAAGAUCAUCUACAGCCCACACCACCAAUGGUUUCGUCGAUACCGGAGAAGCAGGAGAAAGGGAUCAGGUACCUAGGGAGGUUCACGAGCGAGCCGACGAUCCACCCCGUGGCUGCGAGUGAAGAGGAUAGCUCGUGGAGCUCGAGGAGGAGGCCGAGGAGGAAGACGAACAACUUCCACAACUCGCUGUUCGGGAUGAUGUCGGCUGCUGCGCAGAACGGGGAGAGUAAUCACAGCAAAGAGGCCUUGUUUCCUGUUGGCAGCAACAAUCCGAGCCAUGGGAAGAGUGUAGCUAGAGUGACGAUAAGCUGCCCGGAGAAGGGAAGCGAUACGAGGAAGCUUGUGGUGCUUCCUAAGACGUUUCAGGAGUUGCUUGACUUGGGGGAAAAGAAAUACGGGAUCAGGGUUGGCAAGGUUGUGACUGUGGAUAGGGUUGAGGUUGAUGAUAUUGAAGUGAUUAGAGAUGGUGAUGAAUUGAUGUUUGUUAGUGAAGGAACUACUGCUGCUACUCAUGAUAGGUGAUUGAUAAUUGGCAAAUUGCUACCUCUGCAAGUGUAUAGUUUGGUUUUUUGAUGAUGGGGGAAGGAAGAUGGUGUUCGAUCCUCGUUGUUUACAUCACUUAGCCGGAUAUCCGGACCAACUAGAUUACAACGGAUUGAUAUGUAUACAUCGAAGCGAGUAUCAAAUUAAUUUCGUUAUCCUUA